AUGUCAGCCCCGGCAUCCGACUCCCGUGAUCUAGCCCUCCAUAAAUCCCCACCAUCUACCGCAACCCUCCUGGCUCAAAGAUUGCCCAAGCCAUACAUCAACAGUUUCUGUGGUGCCGCUGCCGGUGUUGCUUCGGGCAUCAUAACGUGUCCCCUCGAUGUGAUAAAGACUAAGCUCCAGGCCCAGGGCUCUUUCCGUCACCAGCAACAUUCGCAAGGCGCUCCCUCCACUGCACAAGUCUAUAGGGGUCUUGUUGGCACUGCUAGAACAAUCAUCCGUCAGGAUGGCCUCAAGGGCAUGUACAGAGGUCUUGGGCCCAUGAUACUUGGUUAUCUGCCCACCUGGGCCGUCUACAUGAGCAUAUAUGACAUAGCAAAGACAAAUUACGCAGAACGUAUCGAACCGCAAUGGUUUGCUCACGUGUGCUCAUCCGUCACCGCUGGUGCCUGCUCGACGCUUGCAACGAAUCCCAUCUGGGUAAUCAAGACUCGUCUCAUGUCUCAAAUAUCUGCGAAAGCUGUCGAAGGACAUCGUACGCCCUGGCAUUACAAUAACACUUGGGAUGCUGCUCGCCAGAUGUAUAGAGGCGAGGGUAUCAAGGCUUUCUAUUCAGGCUUGGCUCCUGCGUUACUAGGUCUUACGCAUGUCGCCAUCCAGUUCCCUCUAUAUGAGUACUUGAAGCUCAAAUUUACCGGCGUCGAGAUGGGCGCGGCUCCUCCGAGCCAAGGCACAAACUCGGUCGGUGUCCUCGCUGCAACCUGCAUUAGCAAGAUUUGCGCUACCACGGCCACAUAUCCUCACGAGGUCUUGCGGACUCGUUUACAAACACAACAACGAGGCAUCCCCAGUUCCGAUGGCAUGAUCAACAAGCCUCGCUACCAGGGCAUCAUCAAGACCUGCAGACUUAUCUUAUACGAGGAAGGCUGGACGGCCUUCUACAGCGGCAUGGGAACCAAUCUCAUUCGAGCCGUUCCUGCCGCCAUGACUACUAUGCUUACUUUCGAGACGCUCAAGAGCAUCAUCGUCCGUAUGCAAGCUGAGGAGGACGAGCAUGUACCCGGCACACUUUGA